CCUGUGUGUGCUGUGGCAGAUUUAAGAGUUGUAUAAUCCAAGUGGUGUCACUUUGUGAGUACUACAAAUUCACACCUCCACUCCCUCCUCAUUACCUCAUCUCCCAACACUUUCAAGUUUGUGUUUUCCUCUGUAUUAUGGCGACCAUCGUUUGCCACCACCACCACCAAGGCCGGCAGUCGUGUCUCGAGUCUCAUAUAAUCGAACCUAGAGCUUUGAGGCUAACGUUAUUUUCGUCGAGACCCCAUUCCUCCCCAUCGUCUCUCGAGUUGGCAAGUAAGUCAUUUUCCGUUCAUUCGAGUCCUGAACCGGGUGGCUGGAGUUUACUCCAAGCUCUCUUCGACGGUCCUCGGCCGUCGAAAGAUAUAGAAGGGAAUGAAAAUGCUUAUGUUCGUCCUUUGUCUGCUUGGAGUGAUAAAAGAUUGGAGUUGUGCACGGAGAAUUUGGGUAGCGAGACAGGCAGUGACGAUGUCCUCGAAGAAGACGACCGCGUUUUCUCGUCGUCGUCUUCAUCGAAUCGACCAAGCGGGAAUCGUUCGACACGGAAACAAGACGAGUCACGACGAGUAUUAGGAGGUAAGAAAGCAAUCGGCGGCGAUUUCCCGCCUCCGCUGACGACGAUAACCGGAUCGGAAUCGAUUCGAGUUCGGCCUCUCCGCGAAAACGGAAGGUUGGUAAUAAAAGCCGUGAAGGCCCCGUAUAACAACUCUAUCUUCCGAGCUGAACGAAGCGAUGGCCGCCUUCGACUCUCCAUUUUCAAAGAUUCCACUUCCAGUAUUGACUAUAAAGAAGAAACAACCGACAAAGAAAAUGAAAACGAUAAUAAUAAAGAUGGUGAAGAAGGAUAUGAAAACGACAGAACCGCCAUAGUCGAAGAACACGAAGAAGAAACGGGGACGACGAAGUUCAAAAGGAGGGAAGUCCGAGGCGGCGGUGGAGGGAGGUGCAAAGGAGGUGUACAUGAAGAACAAAGGGUGGUUAAAUUGGGUGGCUACGCCGAUAGUUUUGAUCUGGAUUUGCCUCUAUGAUAUAAUCAAAUUUCCCUCACGAUUCUUAGUUUGUUUAUGUUCCUGUUUUAGUUUUUUUUUUUUUUGGGGGGGGGGGGGGCGUCUAUUGAAUUCCUCUGUUUUAUCUUUGAAGUAAUGUUGUUUGUGGCAGGUAGGCAGUUAUUAUCGUUAUUCGAGCCCUCUCUCUCUCUCUCACACAUAAAAAAACACAAACUUCAUUGCUGCUU